UUCAGAGUAAUCAGUAAAGAUCGUUAUAAACACGCUCAGACGGAAUUCUGAGCAUGUUUUCUCUAGCAGACAUAAAGCGGCGGAAAAGUAUAAAGCAGUCGCCUGCCUCAGCCAUCCCGAUAUUGCAAUAAGCGUCCAGAUCGAGAUCGCGCUGCUGUCGGUGUAUUACCGACUCCCACCGUUUACGGCCGCGAGCGGCGAGCUGCUCAUUUGCUCCGAAGAAAUUCGCGCAGCUGUGUGCUCAUGUACGUGGUGCGGCAACGGCAACGUCGUGCCUUCAUGUCGUUCGUAUAUUCUGCGAUCAGGGCCAUAUGCGUCGUAGAGCAGCAGCAGCGGCAGCAGCGGCAGCAGCCUGCAGCAUCAGUCUCGGUCGAAUAGUGCCAGUUGCAGCUUGUCUCUUCUCUCUUCUGGACUAGUUUUCCUCUCGUCAUAUUAUUUGCGCUGCUGCUGCAAACUGCGAAAGAACAAGUGCUGCUGCGCGCGCGCCUGUGGAGUCGUGCGCACAUCCGACUGUCGAGAGCGAGUCACGCCGUGCAAUCUCGUCGCAGCACAUUUUCGCUGUUCCACCGCCGCGUGCUCUAGUCCGGACUCCGGAGUAGCCGAGGCCAGUGCGCAGGAAACACGAGUUAUUUUGCUUUUUAUGCCCGAGCAUACUUGGUGCAUAUCGAGCAAGCCCAGGGCCUAGCACCGCAAAUAUACGUACGGAGAGACGCACGCUCGCACACGGACAUACACACGCGCGAACGACGCAGCUCGGGAGGCGAAGGAGAGAAGAGAGAGGGAGAGGGAGCAAGAGCAAGCAAGACGGAGAUAGAUAAAAGCGAGGCUAAGGCUACACUACAACAUCGCCCGCUCUGGCACACGACGUCGGAGUCGGAAUGCAGCUGGCCAAGUAAAAGGGCGAUUCGAAAUACUUAAACGACGAACCGAGACAAGACGCUUUCCGGCGAAUUUGCGCUGGACCUGAACUCUAGAGAGACGGAGUGUGCACGCCGGCUUAUCGAUCAACCCGAGCGAUUGAGUCGCAACAGCAGCAGCACCACCACCAGUAGCGACUCGGUUGACCGAAGAGGACGAGAGGCUCGUGGUAUAUUUCUCGGAGGAUCGCACUCGUUAGAAUUUCCAUAGCCGGCAUCGCGAUGGAGCCCAUCACGAAAAUGGCACCCGAGAUGGUCAACAAGAAUCGCAUGAUGGUCUUCAAGAACAAAGGCAAGGACCAGGAUGAAAUGAGAAGGAGGCGAAACGAAGUGACAGUGGAGUUAAGAAAAAAUAAAAGAGAAGAGACUCUUCAGAAAAAGAGGAAUGUUCCAGUAACAGACUCUACUGAUGAGGAUGACAUUGACAAGCAAUUGGCAAAGACCAAUUUGCAGGAAUUAGUGUUGAAAGCUGCCAGUACUGAUCCAGUAGAGCAGUUACAAGCUGUGCAGUCUGCGCGAAAGCUGUUGUCCUCUGAUCGCAAUCCACCAAUCGAUCCUCUCAUAGCUAGUGGCAUCCUACCGAUUUUAGUAGGAUGUUUAGAGCAACACGAUAACCCUUCUCUACAGUUUGAAGCUGCAUGGGCACUAACGAACAUUGCAAGUGGGACAUCUGCUCAAACAAAUGCAGUAGUUCAAGCUGGUGCUGUUCCACUGUUCCUCCAUUUGUUGCUUUCAAGUCAACAGAACGUUUGUGAACAAGCAGUUUGGGCAUUAGGUAACAUUAUUGGUGAUGGACCAGCAUUGAGAGACUACGUGAUACAACUUGGAGUUGUACCGCCAUUAUUGACGUUUAUCAAACCAGAUAUACCUCUUACGUUUUUGCGCAAUGUAACGUGGGUAAUCGUUAACUUAUGUAGGAACAAAGAUCCACCCCCACCAGUACAAACGAUCCAGGAAAUCUUACCUGCACUCAAUGUUCUUAUUCAUCACAUGGAUAUUAAUAUCCUUGUUGACACAGUAUGGGCAUUAAGCUAUCUGACGGACGGUGGAAAUGAGCAAAUCCAAAUGGUCAUUGACAGCGGCGUCGUUCCGCGUUUGAUCCCACUCUUGUCACACAAAGAAGUCAAAGUUCAAACGGCAGCCCUCAGAGCCGUAGGUAAUAUUGUGACUGGUACCGAUGAGCAGACGCAAACUGUACUGAACUGUGAUGCCCUGUCUCACUUCCCUAACUUACUGACGCAUCCAAAAGAGAAAAUCUGCAAAGAGGCGGUUUGGUUCCUGUCAAACGUUACAGCUGGUAACCAGCAACAAGUUCAAGCAGUUAUUGACGCAAAGUUAUUACCUCUUAUUAUUCGUAAUUUAUCUAAGGGAGAAUUCCAAACUCAAAAAGAAGCCGCGUGGGCGAUUAGUAAUUUAACGAUAAGUGGUAAUAAAGAACAGGUUGCACGACUAAUCGAGGAAGGAGUUGUCUCGCCUUUCUGCGAUUUACUGUCGUGCAAAGACUCUCAGGUUGUCCAAGUUGUACUGGACGGAAUUCAUAAUAUGCUCAAGUUAGCUGGACCACAAGUUGAAGUCUUGGCCAACAUGAUUGAAGAAUGUGGUGGCUUAGACAAAAUCGAAGCAUUGCAGGGUCACGAAAACGUAGAUAUUUAUAAAUUAGCUUACGAUAUCAUCGAGCAAUACUUUUCAGAUGAGGUUGACGAUGUAAACUUAGUACCGCCAGUUGUAGAAGAAGCCUUCGAAUUUGAUCCGUCGACAAAUAUGCCAAGUGAAGGUUUCAAAUUCUGAGUGAUCCUUUACGUUCCCCACCCGAUUGUGCCGUCCCCCGACAAACUCCAGCCUGGAGCCGUUCUGCUUUCCCUCGACCUAUCCCUUUUCCACCUCUCCUUAUUGCUCCGGUCGACGCGCAGCUAAACGUGAUAUAUGAUGCGCUGGCACUGAACCAAGAAAUUUUAUUAAAACAAUGGGCCCAAAGACAUGCAAAACGCAAAACGAACUGGCCUUUGUGAUGGGCUGUUAUUGAGACUAAAAAAAUGGGGGCUGUUCGACUUUCGACGAUCUGUGCGAGCGAGAAGACCCGAGGAAUAAGUCAACGACGACUCAAAUCGACUGUGUUCUUUUGUUCUUCAUUCUUUUUACGAUAUUUGAUUUAUCAUUUGUAAUGUUUACAUCGUCAAACAAGUCUAAUUAAGAUGCUGAUCAGUUAGAAACGGCGUUGCGUAAAUUAUUUUUUCCGUUUUUUUAACGAGAAAGUUGAUCAUUGUUGGUUAAACAGAACACGCGUGAUUAUUAAAUUUUGUUAUGAUAGAAAGGACGUAUCAAGUAUUUGUUUUAUGAUAAAACAUUAAUCUUUAAGUCUUGUACGGGCCUUUAAGUCUUGGUUCACAAUGUUACAUUUAUAACCCAAUCGUGUAUAUUUUAGGCAUGUUAAAUUUAUAAUAGCGUCGGUUUCUGAGAAGAUUGAGUGAUUACUCUUACUUUAUUAGCGUGUUUAAUAACUACGAGCGUUCUGUAAGAAAAAAAGAGCAGCAACAAGAAUGUAGCGUACAUUAGAUACCGUGGCUGUAACGAUCAAGUUUCUUAUUCUAUCUGAAAUUAACAAUGUAUAUUUUUUCUUCAAAUACAUUGACGAAUCAAAUUUA